AUGCCGUCCGAUAUGUUGGAUCAGGUCUUUACAAAGAUCGACCAGCUAUCCCAACACUUCAUCACUGACAGGCUCGCAAAGGCGGUGGAAAUUCAAUCAGUGUCUUCUGAUCUGACUAUUGAAGGACGACAAAAGGUGGAUCAGAUGACAGCUUUUCUGGAAACACAACUCAAAGGUUUAGGAGCGACUGUUAAAAGGUAUCCACUUGGGAACCAACAGGAUACACAUCCGGUUCUCAAACUACCCGAUGUCAUUAUCGCCAAGUACCCGGCGACGCCUGACCCCAACAAGAGAACCAUUCUUAUCUAUGGCCAUUAUGAUGUUCAACCCGAGGGUAAGGGGUGGACGCAUCCCGCCUGGAGACUCACAGAGGUGAAUGGGAAGCUGUAUGGGCGUGGUUCAACUGAUGACAAAGGACCCAUGCUCGCCUGGCUAAAUGCUCUUGAGGCCUAUCAGGAAGCAGAAGUAGAUGUUCCAGUCAAUCUCCUGUUCUGCUUUGAGGGAAUGGAAGAGACUGGCUCAGUUGGAUUCUCGAAAUUUGCGCAGAAAAACAAGGAGUUGUUCAGCAAGGUCGAGGCAGCUUGCAUCUCCGACAACUACUGGCUUACUAGCAGAAAGCCAUGUCUGACUUAUGGCCUUCGAGGUAUCAACUAUUUCACCAUCACUAUUGCCCAGAAGCCCCUGCCGGGGCGUACGCCUGUACCUCUCCAUAGUGGUAUAUACGGAGGGACCGUCCACGAGCCCAUGACCGAACUCGUGAUCAUGCUGUCCAAAUUAGCCGACUCGAAGGGCAACAUCCUGGUCUCUGGAAUAAACGGCCUCGUCGAUAAUGUUACAUCAGAGGAGAUCGCCCAAUACCAGAAAAUUGAUUUCAGUAUGGAAGAAUUUAAUAAAACCAUAGGCAGCGAUGCAGCAAUCUACACCACCGCCCAGGAUACUCUCACGCACCGGUGGAGAUACCCCUCCAUUACGAUCCACGGCAUCAAUGGCGCGGAUCCCAGCGAAAAGCAGACGACAGCCAUCUACCCCACGGUGACUGGGAAGUUCUCCGUCCGAACGGUGCCGACCAUGGAAGACAAAGCGGUCAAAGCCUUGGUGGAGCACUACCUGGACCAGGAGUUUAAGAAGCUAGGUAGUAAGAAUACGUGUAAAGUGGAACAGCUCGGUGAUCCAGCACCAUACUGGGUUGGAAAUACCAAGGACUCCAAUUUCGCGGCGGGAAGCGCGGCGACAAAAAGAGUAUAUAACACUGAGCCAGAUCUAACUCGCGAAGGUGGAAGUAUCGGUGUGACACUGGAUAUACAGAAUGCCUUGGGGCCGGAAAAAAGUAUCAUGUUGCUUCCGGUGGGCAGGUCCGACGACGGUGCUCAUGGUCCAGAUGAGAAACUAGACAGGGAGAAUUAUAUCAAGGGAAGCAAAUUGCUAGGUGCUUACUGGUGGUAUUUCGCCAAUCACUAA